CUCAAUUGCAGUUCACACCCAGGUAAUGUUCAACACUGAGUUCUAGACUUUUUUAUUUUUUUGUUCUCAGCUCAGCUUUGGUGAUUUCAGCUUUCAGAUGUGGAUUUUUCAAUCAAUUGUUCGUUAGAUUCAGCAUCCCGCCCUUAAAUGCGGUUAUGUUCUGAGCAUCACUUCAGAGGACAUAUGGCAUAGUUCGGCGUAUUAUCUUUCCUACUAACAGCAUCUUUGCUUUGCUUCUAAACAUUACUUCUUCUUUCUAUUCAAUUACUAUACAUCCUCACUCUUCAUACACAAUGGCAUCGGUUGACGAUUAUCAUAUCUCAGCGAAUAUCGCCCCUAGUGCUGGCCGGUCACCCCAGCAUUCACGACCAAAAUCGAGCGUCCUAAAGUCCUUUAUCCACCGACGAAACAAUUCCGAUGGAUCCGCAUUACCGCCUUCUGACCUUAUACUCCCGCCAAAUAGCACGCCCUUUGAUUCUGAACCAGGCUUCCCAAAUUUCUCUCGACCUGCUGCCCUAGGUGAAAUUCAACAAAACCAGAUUGGGACUUCUUCUCGAUCACCCACGAAGCAACGACAACAACCCAGUGCCCCACCAUCUCCGACCAAAAAGGGCUUCAACACAGUAUCAGCUAAGGAGUCGGAAAAAUUAGCUAAGCUAGCCAAACAAGACGAAGGCAAACCCAAGAAAACCAAAUCGGCUACGAACCUCGUUGGAUUCCUAAGUCGCCCCAAGAGCUCUAAAAAUUUGAAUAAGCAAUCUACCGAAGACGAUAUGCGCUUCAAGAAGAAUAAAGAGAACCAACCACCUCAUGAGGGUAUUCGGCCUCCCAUCUACGCCCAGUUCUCCAGUGGUGCAUUGGAGAAACAGUCGGAACGAAAUGAUGAGAAGAAUGGGUACAAGAAUUCCCUCCUUACCAAUACCGCAAACGGCGGAUCAAGCGGCCGAAUGACCAAAGAACGACCUAAAUCUUACCACGCGCCAUCAACACAACUCACCGAUUCUAAAUCGAAAUCAGGCAGCUCCAAGGCUUCACCGUCUAAGAUACAGAGAGGCCUGAAAGUAUUCACCGGUGGCUCGGGAUCGCAGAAUAGACCACGCUCCGCCGAACCUGCUGAGCCCGUCCUCGACGGGAAGGACAUUGAUAAGCACCUCGAAGCAAUGUUGGACCGACGUAAUAUCCCCGAGCACCAAAGAUACAAGAUGCGAAACCUCGCAGAUACUAUCAAGAUGGAGUUCAUACGACAAGAUUGGGCAGAGAGCCGCGGUCUUGGUAUCACCAGACCGGAGAGUCACGACAGUGAUUCCAGCAUCAACGCUGCCCAGGUGAUCGAACACGGCAAGCAGAAGAAGUCACGAGGUCGAAGCUUCACCUUGUCUAGAGGCAAGAAGUCCGAGUCGACUUCUCCCACAAAGAAGUCGAAAGGGGAGGGUUCCAUAGGACGGCACUUCCGAAGUAGAUCCACAGAUAGCGUUGCUAGUGAGCGACCUUCUUCGGCCGGAUCGAAUUCAGGAGGUGGUAUAUUCUCGAAGGUGAAGUUGCAACAAGGACCCGUCGACUUCGUGAACUACCUGCGUAAGGUACAGAAGCCGGAGUUAGUCGAGGUCGGAAAAUUGCACAAGUUGCGGCUACUACUGCGGAACGAGACGGUAGCCUGGACAGAAGAGUUUAUACGACAGGGCGGGAUGGAAGAAAUUGUAGGAUUACUACAUCGUAUCAUGGAGGUUGAGUGGAGAGAAGAGCACGAAGAUGCCCUGCUACACGAGAAUCUUCUCUGUCUAAAGGCGCUCUGCACUACAGCUCUUGCCCUGCAGUACCUCCAUUCGAUUCAAGCAACGCUAUUUCCCGCCCUUUUAGGAAUGCUCUUCGACCCCGAAAAGAAGGGUCCCAAUGAGUUCACUACUCGAGGUAUCAUCACCUCUGUCCUUUUUACCUACAUACAAUCCGCCUCGCUCGCCGAUCGCCCCGUCCGUGCCAAGACGGUACUUGGUCAUCUACGUGACCCCGAGCCGAAGGAGGACGCGCGACCCGUCGGAUUCGUCCUCGAGAUGCGUCGAGAACGUCCAUACCGUGUAUGGUGCAAAGAGGCAGUGAGCGUCACCAAAGAGGUCUUCUGGAUCUUCCUGCACCAUCUCAACGUCGUCUAUCUACCCCGUGAGAAGGAGUCGAAAGAAGGCGCCGGCCCUUCUGGCAUAGACAGUCUGGCGUACAUGCAAGCUCACUUCCCACAAGAGAGACCCCCAGUCCCUGCUGCCCCCUACGUUGGUGGCGUAGAGUGGGAUGCUACGAAUUAUCUAGCAUCGCAUUUAGACCUCUUGAAUGCAAUCAUCGCUUGUACCCCCACGGCCGAAGAACGCAACGCCCUGCGCGGCCUAUUUCACAUCUCGGGUUGGGAACGCUGCAUGGGUGGUAGUCUACGCCUCUGCAAGGAGAAGUUUUAUCCCGGUGUGCACGAUGGCCUGAGAACUUGGGUCGCAGCCGCUGCCGAAGACGGCUGGGACGUGCGAGACGUACGCUAUGGCCCGCCGGCCGAGCCCAAGAGCCCGACCAAGAGAUACGCUGGAGGUGGCGGGGGUGGUAAUAAUAACAAAGGAGGCAAAAACAACAAGGAGGAACAGGCUCCCAGGAUCGACAUACCAAAGCUUAGUCUAGGCUUAGAUUCGUCUACUCCUGCUCCUGCAUCAGGCGCGGCUACUCCCGUCGGGAAAUUGAGUCACGAGGGCUGGCUCUCAUAGCGAGAGACCUGGCUUAGGCGUUGGGAAAUGGAUUAUGAGGGUCCAACAGUACCACCAUUGCCACCGGUGCCACUCCCAUCGGUGGAGAUAAGUUCCCAAGCGGGAAUGAUGAAGUGACAGACGAACAGACCAGACCCGGUCUUCGGGAUCGAUAGUGCUGACUUGGCUUUGUCUUGGCCGAACCGAAACACCGAAACUCAACACUGAGCUGGAACGUCAGCAUUCUUUUUUGUCGAUUUGGUGGAACAUGGAUUGUAUUUUGGGGGCUUCUCAUUCGGAGUUUUUCUGGGGGAAGGGAAAGGAUGCUCUUUUUUUUUUUUUGCUGCUGCUGCUAUUUUUCCACGGGUCUCGUCUCAUUGUCACGCCUCCUCUUCUCGGGAUUUGGAAUGUGUUUUUUGUGAUUUUUUUCUUCCCAUCUUUUCUCAUCAUCCGGUAAUGACGUCCGGUUGGACAUACACACAGGCACAAGGCACAGACACACACACAUGGGCUAUUCACACGCGGUACGCGGUAGAUUGAAUGAUCACGACGAUUAUGACUAGGGGCACAGGCUCAAUGAAAACAAAAAUCAAAUGAUUUUCCAUUAAGAA